UUCACAUAUGCGAGUCUCGUGGCUCACUUCCGAGUCCUUACACUUGUCCUAUAUAAGUACAACUCUCGGUCACACUUAGUCCCAUAGAUAAUCACAUCAUUAGCUAUAUAAUCACAAAUUAAUUCAACGCCAAUUGGGGUUUAUCAACUUUGAGAUCAAUGGAAUCCAACAGAUCUUUUUCCGCAGCCCUCUUCCUAUCUCUUAAUCUCAUGUUUUUUGCGUAUGUAAGUGGCUGCAACACUUGCUUGCCGCCUAAGCCAAUCCCUAACCCUAACCCUAUCAGCAAUCCUACAAAACAUAGCUGCCCAAGAGACGCCCUAAAACUCGGAGUUUGCGCCAAAAUACUGGACGGUGCGGUCGGAACAGUCAUCGGAAACCCACCAGACACACCUUGCUGCUCAUUCCUUCAAGGCCUCGUCGAUUUUGAAGCUGCCGUUUGUCUUUGCACCGCCAUUAAAGCUAACGUUCUGGGGAUUAACAUUGAUAUUCCCAUCUCCUUGAGCUUACUCAUCAAUACUUGCGGCAAAGAGCUUCCCUCUGAUUUUAUUUGCGCCUGAUGAGUGUAAAGCGGACAGAUCGAGUAGUUUGAUUUGUUUGUACUCUUUUGCUUCUGUUUGUUUGGUCGGUCCUCGUCUAGUUCAGUCCGCAAUUUCUUUUUCUUUUGGUCAUCUCUAAGAGUUUCGUACUUUGGUUGAUGUAAUAUUUGAUCUGUUUCAUGCUAUCAGUUCACAUGUGUUAAGUGCGUGCAAGUAGGUUUACAGAUA